CUCUGUUUCGCCAUCCCCUGUUUCACUAGCUAGAGUUCUCUGUAUUAAUUCCUCAAGGCCUCAUGAGUCGCAGAAACGGAGGCGGUCCGAAGCUUGAUCUGAAGCUCAACCUUUCCCCACCGAGGCAAAACCCUUUGGCCGAGUCUCCGAGACGAUCAUCCACCAUGUCCCCCACGUCCCCGCCGAGCUCAUGCGUAUCGUCGGAGCUGACUCAGGACGACAACAACAGCAUGAGGUACUCCAACAGCCCCGAGGCGACUUCUAUGGUGCUGGUGGGCUGCCCCAGGUGCCUCAUGUACGUCAUGCUAUCUGAAGACGACCCGAAAUGCCCUAAAUGCAAGAGCACAGUUCUGCUGGACUUCCUCCAUGAGAACAACACCACCAUGAAGACAAGGAAGAGCUGA